AUGCCCGCUUACUUUUAUCACCUUAGCUUGCAACUCCUCUCUCACAGCCCGUCUGACGCGCCAAACUCUCAGGGUUCCUCUCUCGCGCUACAAUCCGCAUGGGAAGCUCUCCAACCAUUCCAAAAACGGAGCCGGUCUUCAACCUCCAACCGCCUAUCAUCCGCGGGAGAUAAUCAAACCCUAUUAACCUUAGAACACACUUUGGCGCAUCGCCAGAUAUCCACCCUCUCCACCCGCACAACUAUCCCACCCCGCCCUCCCUCCUCCAGCACUUCUUACGACUCCAACAACCCCUCCACUAGCUCCUCAACCAGCACCCAAUCUCUUGAAGACGACAAGCGCUUCGGCGCCGUCUCUAUCGAGUGCAUUGACAUGGUCAGUCCAAAGCAACCGCCCAAACGCACUUCGAAGCGUGGCUCCGUAUCUACCACAGAACCAGAAAACCUCGUCGCAGCAGGCAUCGGCACAGACAUCCUAGGCGGCCUACGUACAAAAGGCCGAUAUAUCCCACUCGAUGACGACCUUGCCGACAGCGUCUGGGGAAUUGUACACCUGUACCGCGAUUUGCAGGAGACGCUCUACCUCGGAAACGAUGACGAGUACCCCGCCUAUCUGAAGGGCUCCUCAGCUGCGGCCCGCCAACCCGGUGAGCAGCAGGCAACGUUGAGGCAGGGUCUGACCGGUACGGCGGGUGGUCAACAUUCUGGGGCGGCGGGUCUUGCAGAAUAUCCUUUUCCUGAGACAAGUUCCUCCGCUACGCAAAGUCCUGACGAGGAUUGUACGACACUAUGUAUUCUAGCUGUGCCGUCUUAUCUGUCACCGCCGGACUUUUUGGGGUUUAUGGGACAGAAGACCAUGGAUGACGUUAGUCAUUUCCGGAUGAUUAGGACUGCGCGUGCGAAUCGAUAUAUGGUCUUGAUGAAGUUCCGGAGUGGACGGAAGGCGAAGGAAUGGCAGAAGGAAUGGAAUGGGCAUGUGUUCAAUAGUAUUGAGCCUGAGACCUGCCAUGUGGUGUUUGUGAAGACGGUCGAAAUCCAAGUCGUGGAUGCCGGAACACCAUCUGCUGAGCACGGCGCUCUCUCUAACAUCCCAACCCCUUCUCGGGCACCUGUAUCAUCUACCGGACAAGCCACUCUCACCGGCAAACCUCUCGCGCCACCUACCCCUGCACUAAUCGAAUUACCAACCUGUCCCGUCUGCCUAGAGCGAAUGGACGAAACUACGGGGCUUCUAACAAUAAACUGCCAACACGUCUUCCACUGCACCUGUCUCCAGAAAUGGAAAGGCAGCGGCUGCCCCGUAUGCCGAUACACACAAGAUGACUACCGCAAAAACAAUGCAUCCCUGAAACCAGACGAAGAACCCCAACAAUGCAGCAUCUGCCACUCAGAAGAAAACCUCUGGGCCUGUCUAAUCUGCGGCACGAUCGGUUGCGGCCGCUACGACAACGCACACGCCUUCUCCCACUGGAAAGAAACAGCCCACGCCUUCUCCAUGGACCUCACCUCCCAGCGCGUAUGGGACUACGUAGGCGACGCAUAUGUCCAUCGCAUCAUCCAAAACAAAACAGACGGCAAGCUUCUCGAGCUACCCGCUGCAGACUACAGCGCCCUGGACCCACCAGACUGGGGCGACGCCGUCCCCCGCGAGAAACUAGAAAACAUGAGUAUCGAAUACACACACCUUCUCACCAGCCAGCUCGAAAGCCAGCGCGCGUACUUCGAAGAAAUCGUCGAGCGCGCCGUCGACAAAGCAUCGCAGGCUAGUGCCGCCGCCGCCGUGGCGGAAGUCAACGCUUCUAACGCUUCAUCGCGUCUGGAAGAAUUACAAGACAAGUAUGAUGUCAUGACGAUUGAGACGCUGCCGUCACUUGAAAACGACCGCGCACGCGCGGAGAAAAGAGCAGAGAAAUUUGAGGCCCUGGCUCGCUCGUUUGAGAAGGGAUUCCAAGAGGAGAAGGCCAUGAAUCGGAACAUGUUGUUAAAAUUGGAGGGUCUUGCUAAGGAGGUUGAUGGGCUUAAGGCUGCAAACGCGGAUCUCGCGGAGCAGAAUCGCGAUUUGACGUUCUUUAUCAGCGGCACGCAGAGGUUGCAGGGCCAGGGUGAGGAAGUUGAGCAAGGGACUGUUUCUGUCCCUGAGCCGUCGGCUGCUUCGAAGAAGAAGAGGAAGGGGAAGGGUAAGAGGUAG